AUGGACGAAGAAAACAGAUUAAAUAGAGAUGUUUUACAUGGAAUGCUCCUAAUAACCCCUCUAGGAGGGAAACAAAGACAGAGAAUGAGAUGGUCAGAUGCAAUAUACAAACACCUCAUGCUUUGCUAUUACAAGGUCACAAAACUAGAGAGAGACAGAACUGACUAUAGAACGCAAUUACACAAAGAAUUCACAAACAGAUACCCGGAAUUAAGUUUCAUAACCGAACAAAGAUUUGCAGAUCAGGUGAGAACAAUAAUUAAAAACAACAGAAUACCUCAACCAGAACUCGACAAUAUCAAACAACAAGUAAAAGAAACAUUAGAACAGCCUGACACACAAACAACACAGGAGCAAUACGACAAUACACGCAAUAACAGAGAAACACACAACCAAACCAACAGAGAGCCAGAUCCAGAAGUACAAGAAAGAGAAAGAACAGAACAGCAACAGCAAAAAGAAGUACAAACACAGCACCAAUCACAAACACCCACAUACGCAGGCACAGAAGAGCAGUACGAAUUAACCUACAUAGAAUGCAAGGACACAUACAUACACAUCACACAAUUCAUAAAAAAGCCACCAAACACCCCGAACACUGACACCAUAAUAGACCACAUCAACAAAAUCAUACAAAAUAGAAUAAAAGAUAGCACAACCAUGGAAGAACUUCAACUGCUUAUAUACACAGGAUCAUUAACAAUCACAAAAAUGCACUCCAAAAAAAGAUGGACACAGACAGCCAACACUCAAAAGAUAAUCACGAUACCAGCAUGGCAACAUAGGCUACAAAAACAAAAUAGAGAAGUUAAGGAAAGAAGUAGGACAACUAACACAACACAUAAACAAUAA